GACUGACUUUGAACUUGUAGCCUCCUGCCUCACCCUCCUGAACUGCUGGGAUUACAGGUGUGACCACCAUUUCUGGCUAUUUAUGCUUUUAAAUAAUGUUGAUUUAAGUAAAUGUAGAAAUAGAAAUGGUAUGGAUUCUGAAGGUAGGAAAUGUUUACAGAAAUGACAAGCUUCCUGUUAGUAAGGUAUUUUUCCUUUUGCUGAACUGAGAGUAUCUGAAAUAAGUGGUUUAUAGUUUAGUGGCAUAGAGUAAAUUUUAACUGAGUCAGUUAGGAGUAGUGUUUGCACUUUUGUCACUACUAAAGGGGAAAUCAUUUUAGCACUCUGAAGUUUCAAGGUUAAUAUAAUGAGGGCUAAAGAAUUUUGGUGAAGUUUUCAUAUGAUGAGGAGGGAGAGGGAUGAUCAUCAAUUCAAUUUAGUCCAGUCAUUGAAAUCAUUUUACACUAGUUUCUGAAGCAAGAACUCAAAGAACAGAUUUGUCCUGUCUUGACUAUUGCCGGCAGAGCAGGAAACAUUUGAGUAUUUAAAAAUUGCUGGAGAAUUUAAAUUAGCUAAUGAGGAUUUCAAAGAACCGUGACAGCAGAAGCCCAUAUUAAAAGUAAUCAAGUGGUAAGAAGAAAACAAUUUGACUUAUGCCACCUUAACUCUUUCACUAUCAAUUUUCUCCUUUCUGUUUCCACCUUCCUUUCCAUCUGCUGUUGCUUAUAUGUGUUUCUUCCAUAUCUAAUCUUUUUUCUUAUUUUUUCUUCAUCAUUCUCACUGCUUUCUUUAUGUCCUUCAUCCAGCCCAGACCUUAUUAGCACAGGAAUGGCUACCAUAACGAUAUGGAACUAAACAUUUAGUAUGAGAACCUACAUUUGCCAUAUUUGUAGUAUCACCUUUACAUCUUUAGAUAUGUUCCGGUCCCACAUGCAAGGGAGUGAACAUCAAAUUAAAGAAUCCCUUGUUAUCAAUCUAGUAAAGAAUUCAAAGACUCAAGAUUCUUACCAAGAUGAAUGUGCAGAUUAUAUAAAAAUGCAGAAAACCAGAGAACUAGAGUAUAGGACUUGUUUCAAAAAGAUGGAAGAGAAUUAUUUGGAAACCCUUGGGUACAGAGAAAUGGUUGAUUCCAGACCCAGACCUAAAAUGUAUGAACCAAGACUCCCCUUUGAGACUUUCCAGACAUACCCAGGACCAUACAGUAAUUCACAAACAGUGGAAAACCAGUUACCCCAUUGCUUACCAGCUCAUUCAAAGAAGACAUAUGACUCUUUCAAAGAUGAACUUGAAGAUUACAUCAAAGUGCAGAAAGCCAGAGGACUAGAUCCAAAGACUUGUUUCAGAAAGAUGAGAGAAAACUCUGUGAACCGUGGGUACAGAGAAAUGGUUGAUUCUAGACCCAGACAGAGAACGUGUGAGCCAAGAUUUUCUUUUGAGACUUCCCAGACCUACCACCAAUCAUACAGUAGUUCACCAGUGGAAGACCAGUUACCUCAAUGGUUUCCAGCUCAUUCAAAGAAAACAUAUGACUCUUUCCAAGAUGAACUUGAUGAUUAUAUCAAAGUGCAGAAAGCCAGAGGAUUAGAGCCAAAGACUUGUUUCAGAAAGAUAGUUGAUAGCCCUGUGGAAACUCACAGGCAUAGAGAAAUGGUUGAUAGCAGAACCAGACAUAGAAUGUUUGAGCAAAGACUCCCGUUUGAGACUUUUCACACCUACACAGGACCAUACAGUAGUUCACAAACAGUAGAAAAUCAGUUACCUCUUUGCUUACCAGCUCAUGACAGCAAACAGAGACUAGACUCUGUGAGGUACUGUCAACUUCCCAGAGACUACUUCCCAGAAAAACCAGUACCUCUGAGCCUUAGUCAACAAGAAAAUAAUUCUGGCCCAUACAGUGUAGAAUGUGAAAUUUAUAAGCACCUCUCCUCAGAAAACAACACCAGUGACCAUCAAGAAGUUCAUAAACGGCGACACCAGAAGAGAAGACGACACCUGGAAGAAGGUGAAGAAAGACAAGAGAAGGAGCAGUCCAAGCAUAAAAGGAAAAAGAGCUAUGAGGAUUUGGAUUUAGGCGAAGACAAGAGCAUCCAACAAAGUAAAAGAGAGGAGGAUAAAGUCAAGGUUAGUUCAGGAAAACUUAAGCAUCGGAAAAAGAAAAAAAGUCGUGAUGUAUCCUUGGAGAAAGAAGAACGUAAACACAGGAAAGAGAAAAGAAAAUUUGUUGAAGAAAGGACAGAAGAGGAAAUGCUUUGGGAUGAGUCAAUUCUUGGAUUUUAAACUUUUAGUUUGCCAAAGGAUGAUUUGAAUAAAGACAAGAGAAUCCAGUGAAGAAAAGGAGAGUUUGAUAUGGUCAUUGUUGGUGCAGGAAGCUUAGUUGUUUUGUGUGUAAAAACUAAAAAUGAACUGAAAGAAGAAGCACACUAAAAGCCUAUGUCCAGUCUUUCAGAAAGAAGAACAGAAGAGAAAAUCAAACCUAUGGAAGAAAACAGAAGAGUCAGUAUUUUGGAAUGAAUCUGCUCUUAGAUUUUAAAGAAGAAAUCCAUUAAGAAGAUGAAAUUAGACAAACACAAGAGCAUCAGAUGAAAAGGAAAGGUAGAUACAGCCAGUUAAGGGAAACUGGUUUCUUUCUUUUCUUUUCUUUUCUUUUCUUUUCUUUUCUUUCUUCUUUCUUUCUUUCUUUCUUUCUUUCUUUCUUUCUUUCUUUCUUUCUUUCUUUCUUUUCUUUCUUUCUUUCUUUCUUUCUUUCUUUCUUUCUUUCUUUCUCUUUCCUUCUUUCCUUCCUUUCUUCCUUUUUCUAAAACUUGAAAUUUAAUUGAAAAAGGAACCAAAAAAACUAAACCUAACCUCUGAGAAACAAGAACAUAAGAACACAAGAAGAACAUAAGAGAAAAGGAAACCUAUUAAAUAAGAAGAGUUAUGAGUCUGCUCUUAAAUUUCAAAUUUUCUGAUUUUGUUCCCUUAAGAUUGAAGAAAUGGUUGAAAAGUUUAGUUUUAUUAAAUAAUUAUUUGAUUUUUCACAUGGACAGUUAAUGUAAUCUCUGUAAAAGUGAAAGUAUUCAGUAUACCUUUUCUUCAUAUUACUUUCCCUCAAUUUUCUAAAAAAAGAAGAAAAAAGAAAGAAAAGAAAGAAAGCUUUUUACAUGUAUCUUACAUCUAAUGUAAUUUCCCUGAAUGAGGUUGUCUCUACUUUGUCCAUCAGAUUGCUGUGACAGUGAAUUUUUUACCAAUGAGAGAUAAUUUAUUUUUUAAUGAGAGAAUUAUCAAGAGUUGCAGUGUACAGCCAUACCACCCUGAACUCACGUGAUCCUAGUUGUUCUUGGAAACUAAGCACGGUCAGGCCUGUGGGAGAAAAGGCAUUGCAGAAUCCAUUCCUUUUUGGGUUUGUGUUAGUGUUGGUGGUAUUUUAUUAUUGGUGUGCUUGUUCAUGUUUCUUAGUUUUCUUAAAAGAAAAUGUAUGAAACAAUUUACACUGAUUUUUUCUUUGUUAAAUCUAAUUUGCAGUGUAUUUUUGUAUUUUCUAGUUCUGAAAGUGAAAAAUUAAAUAGUCUAUAACAAACUUAGAUGACAUAUACUUUUUAAAAAGUUCUCAAAAAGUGCUGAUACAAAAUCACUCUAUAUUCUGGAAGUGUUUAUAUUAAAGUGUUCUAAUUUCUACACAUUGUUUUAUUUAAAUGAUCAUUUUCCAUCCAUAGAUGAUUGAUCUCAGAGGGAAGGGGCAAUAAUUAAAAAGUUUGUACUUA